GGAGCGCCCCAAGGCAUGUCGCCGAGAUUCUCGGGCCAGGAAACCUUUCAGUGGACGGGAUUGCAGCGCACAAACGUUCAGGUAACUCAGCACAGAGCGGAUCCGAGGCAGGUAAAGGAGAAGACGAACCUACACCAAGAGCACAAGGGAGAAGCUCGUACGAGUCGCUGGGAUAGCAGCCCCUGCGCAGCCGCUGGGACAGCCGCGCAAAAGCCGUCUGCUCCGGCACGGAUCACGGAGCAGAAUUCCAACGCCCAGAGCCGCUACACGACGGAGAGCGCUUCCAGCAUUUUAGCGAGUUUUGGGCUGUCCAAUGAAGAUCUGGAAGAGCUCAGCCGCUACCCGGAUGACCAGCUAACCCCUGAGAACAUGCCGCUGAUCCUGAGAGAGAUAAGGCUUCGUAAAAUGGGGCGUCCCUUGUCCACCCUGCACCCUCGGAGCCGAGGGAAAGAAGCAGUUGGCAGCGCGGGCGGUCCAGCAGUCAAGAGUAAAGUGAUUGAUUACGGUCACGCGAGCAAAUACGGUUACACUGAAGAUCCUCUUGAGGUGUGUGUUUAUAACCCUGAAGUACCAACUGAGGAUCCCCUGGACGUGCGCGUCUAUAAUCCCGAAGUAUCGAGCGGCGAGAGCAGGGAAGACUUCCCGCGGGAUGCGAGUAUGUCCCUGGGCGUCCUGCAGUCCGGCGUGACGUGUAACAGCACGUUUCCAGUCGAGGAGCUAAUGAAGCAGAUGGGAUUCCAGAACGAGUCUUCCAGCAGCCGGUCGUUCUUCGCCCCGGAGGCGGCCGGGAAGGUGUCCGCGUUGUGCGCAGCACCCGCGGGGCUCCCCGUGGUGAAGCCGGUGUCCCAGCCCGCGGUCCCGCCGGUCAUCCCCCCGAUGAUGCCACCUAUAAUGCCGCCCCUGGCGCAGCCCAUGAUGCCGCCCGUGAUGCCACCUCUCGUCCAGCAGCCCGUGGCCCAGCACGUGAUGCCCGCCCUGGCCCAGCCGCCCUAUUCGGCUGAACUUCUUGCAGCUGUGAGCCAGCACGAGCGAAUUCCGCAGGAGCCGGUGCCGAGCGCGGCCGGGCCCCAGAGCGCCCCGGGAGCGGGACCGAAGCCCUUCCCGGCGCAGGCAGAAGGGCCCCUCAAGCCUCCUUUCGCUCUGGUGAAAGCGUCUUGGCUGCCCGUGUUCCCCCAGGCCGAUGCCCAGAAGAUCAAAAGGUUGCCCACCCCCUCGAUGAUGAAUGACUACUAUGCUACAUCGCCACGAAUAUUCCCACAUAUGUGUUCUCUGUGUAACAUUGAAUGCACUCAUAUGAAGGACUGGAUCCUGCACCAGAACAACCCGGCGCACCUCGAGAGCUGCCGCCAGUUACGUCACCAGUACCCCGACUGGAAUCCCGAGGCUCAUUCCUCAAAGAGAAAUGGUGGCGAGCGCAAGGAGAACCAGACGCCGAGGCGGCGCUCGAGCUCGGCGAGCCCCGGGCCGCGGCGCUGCCGGGGCGCCGCCGCGGGCUGCGGGCCGCGGCGCUCGCGCUCCCGCUCGCGGAGCCCCGGGCGCCCCAGGGCCGCGCGGCCCCGCAGCCGCAGCCCGCGGCAGCCGCGGCGCCUCAGCCCCCGGCACCGCUCGCGCUCGCCGCAGCGCGCCAGGAAUCCGCUGAGGAGCGGCCCGCGCCCGCCCAGGUCUUCCAGCAACGACUGGGCUUCCCGGAGGAACCCCCGGUCCCCAGACAAAAAGGCAACUUUGGAGGCGGUAGUGAAGAGCCUGGGGCCUGGCUUUGUGGCAGAGCUCAAUAAGCACAAACCUCUCCAAGCUGCAGGGCCGGGAUCUUCAGGAGCGGGAAAAUCGCCCCCUUCCCAUGGACCCUUAGGGAAAGGGCCAGGAAAUGUGAAGAAGCCCCUGAAAACUAGUGGUUCUCCCAAGACUUCCAGGAAAGACUCGUCUCCUCCGCAUGGCUCAAGUGCUUCGAAAUCCAAGUCUCCUGAGUUGGAUGAGUCGCCCCAAAGCAAAGAAAUGGAAGAAGAUGAGGAAGAUUUAUUCACAGAGACCAGUGGACCUCGUCCUACUCCUUACAACAGGCUAUUGAGAGAAGAACUGCUGAAUUGUGGGACAGUGCUUCAAAUAUCUGAUUUACCAGAUGAUGGCUUUUCUGAUCAAGAUAUUAAAAAAAUCGUUCAGCCGUUUGGCAAAGUCAGUGACCUCCUUGUGCUCCGCUCCAGGAACGAGGCCUUCCUGGAAAUGAACUACAAAGAAGCAGUGAUAGCAGCUGUGAAAUACGGGGAAACUGUGCCAGUGCUGGUGAAUGGGAGGCGGGUGAAGAUCAGCGUGGCAGAAAGGGCAAAGCUGCCUCUCAGCCAGGCCAAAAUGAACAUCAAAAAAAUAGCUCAGACUAUUAAAAAAGUCACACCAAGCACAAAGAAAGAUCAGAAUGCCGACACCAAGACGACUAAACCUGUUGUUACAGGUAAAAAAGAAAUACCUCAGAAGGCCUUGGUGACAGGAGAUAGUGAAAUCAAUAAACCGUCAAAUGCUGCAGCACCAUCUAAAGAACAUUACCCCGAAGAUGUGAAGAUACCAACAGAGCCAGAAAUAGAAGCUGAGGAAACUAACUUGUUAGGACCAAAGGAGGUUGCAGAGGGUGACACAGCUGCAGAGUUUGUGACGACUGUAGAGUCUCAAGCCAAAGGUCUGAAUAAACCUGCACCAGUCAUAGAGAAACUUGCACAGAUGCCUCAGAUGGUGGAAGUGGAGUCAGAUCAGUUUAAUGAAGCUUUAAUUGAUCAAGACACUGCUAUAGUGACUGCAAAGAAUGAAGAAUCGAUGGAAUCGAUGAGCAAGGAGCUUGAUGAUACCUGUGUGGUUCUUAUUUCAAACCUGCCCGAGAAAGGAUACUCCCUUGAGGAGAUUUCCAACUUAACAAAGCCGUUUGGAGGACUGAAAGAUGUCUUAAUGUUAUCAUCUCAUAAGAAGGCCUAUCUAGAAAUAAACAGAAAAUCAGCCGAUUCGAUGGUUAAAUUCUAUACGUGCUUUCCAAUGUCCCUGGAUGGAAAUCAGCUCUGCAUCAACGUGGCACCUGAGUACAAGACUGUAAAAGAUGAGGAAGCAAUAUUUACUGCUAUCAUUAAAGCUUCCGACCCAAAGGUAAAUCCUGAAGCUGUACAUAAUAAAUUUGUGCAUCUUGGGAACCUGCCGGAUGAUGGAUACAGAGAAGUUGAAGUGGUUUGUGUGGGACUGCGGUUUGGGAGAGUGGAUCAUUAUGUGGUGUUGAAGAACAAGAACAAGGCAAUUCUACAGCUGGAAACUGCCAAGGCAGCUAAAUCCAUGUACUGCUUCCUGAACCAGAAUCCCUACACUAUGGGUGAACACACGCUGACCUGUGCGCUGUCGCCGCGUGCAGAGCCUCCUGAGGCUGCAGCGGUGAAAAAAGAAGUGAAGAAGGAGGAGCCAGGCGAAGGAAGCCCUGACUUGACAAAAUGCCCAGAGGGAUCAGGAGUGGUGCAGAGCGCAGCUGCUAAUCCUCCGGUAGAGCCCAGUGUGGCAAAGCCAGAGCCCGGGUCCAGCCGUGACGCCCAAGGCGCGAGGUCGGCGCUGCCCGCGGCGCCACGGGGCAGCGCGGGAGCGGCCGGAGAAGCCGCUGCUGCCCCGACGGAGCCAGCCGCUCCCCAGCUCCGGGAAGACGAGGCGCAGGAGACGCAGCCGCCGACUGCGGGCGCUCGGCAGGAAGGGACGCUUGGAAACAACGCUGGAGCGGAGUCAUCGGAAGGCGCCGGCGUUCCCGGAGCCGCCGGGGAGAUGGGAGCCGAGGCGCCGGGCUGGUUGGGCGCUGCAGCGGAGCCGGGCGCCGCCGGGGGGGCUCCCGCGGAGGCUGUGCCCCCCGGCCCCGCGGCCGCCCCUCCGCACAGGGUCCCGCCGGGGGACGCUCCGCGAGGAAAUCCCGUUCCCGGCGCCGUGAGAACCGCGACGGAGGUGCCCGCGGCGCAGAGCGGGGCCGCCAUGGACAAGAAACUUGGGCCUCCAGCUGAAACCGCCGCGGAGAGGGAGCGGGAUGUAGCUGGGGCCCAGCUGGAGAGGGAAAUGGAAGAAUCUGCGCUCAGAGGUGGAGCAGCCGCGGAGCAGAAACCUGCAAAGGCCUCAACCGAGAGCGGGACAGAGGCGGAGAGGAAGCUUGAAAGAUCCGUGGCCAAGGCGGGGGCAGGUUUUGAAAAUGCUGAAAAAAACGUGAAUGAAAGCAACGAGGGAAGUUUAGUCAAAGCACAUCAAAAUAAAGGACCAGAGCCAGCCAAAGCCGAUGACACCCACAAAGCAGUUCCGUUAAGCUCAGCUUUAUCUGCCAAGGAAUCUCCCGCUGUUAAUAAAACCUUUCUCAAGGCAGUGGUGUCUCUUCCUGAUAUAUCCAAGGCAAGGGGCCCGGUGCGGAGCAACGAGCCUGCCCUGGACAAAGCAGAGGGGCAAAAGGCUUCCCCCAAACCCGAGAGCCGAGGCCAAGCGGCUGCCGAGAAGAAAGCGGCCCCCGAAGAGGUGUGUGCCCCGCGACCCGCUGGCACCAGACCAGCUCUGCCGGACGGCGCAUCCCGAGCGAGCAGAAGUGCUCCUGGCGAUGAGAAGGGAGGCAAUGGGAGGAGCUCGUCCCAGCAAGAGAAGGUCUUGAGAGCGGAAUCUAGGGCUAGCUCAAAACAGUGCCAAGACAGAGAGAGUAGAGCAUCCAGCGCCAAGAGAGACAGCAGCAGCAACCAGAUUUCUGUUGGUGAGAGUGCUAGAACUUCAAAAAGCAGCAGCAGCAGCAGUGCAAAGCAAAAAGAGGAAGAAGAGCUUUUCCCCUUCAAUCUGGAUGAGUUUGUUACCGUGGACGAAGUAAUAGAGGAAAUCGAGUCUCCCGUGAGAACCCGGAGAAACCCCCCGAGGGGCAAGAGAAGAGAAGCCCCUAAGAACACCUCCUCGGAGCCUAGCUGUAAGCGAAGGAAAGGCAAGAGCUCGGCGGCGCGCGCGGCCGAGAGCGAGCUCUCCUUUGUCACCCUGGACGAGAUUGGAGAAGAGGAGGACGUGGCCACGCAGCUCCUGGGAGCCGCUCCUCCGGACGCGCUCGCUGACCCCCAGGGCCUGGUGGUCGUGGACGAGGUGACUGAGGAGGAGGAAGCCGCCGCGAGGGAUCCGCGGUCGCUCCUCACGCUGGAUGAGAUAGCGGAGCGGGAGGACCUUGCCUGUCACACGGGUGCCCCGGGGCCGGCUUUUGAGGAGGCAGAUUUGAAAGCAGAGCCCCUAGUAACCGUCGAUGAAAUAGGGGAGGUGGAAGAGCUGCCUUUAAACGAGCCUGCGGAUCUGAACGUCGACGACGCGGCCAGGCAGAAGGAGGACGAUAAAGACUGCGGAGAUUUUGUUUCCUCUCAGGUGCCCGACGACCCCGGUGCUUUAGUGACGGUAGAUGAAAUACAGGAGGACAACGAAGAUGCCCCUCUAGUGACGCUGGAUGAAGUCAACGAAGACGAAGAUGAUUUUCUGGCUGAUUUCAAUUGCCUGAAAGAGGAGCUGAACUUUGUUACAGUGGAUGAAGUUGGAGAGGAGGAUGACGAGGAAGAUUCUCUCACGGAGGAGAAUCUAAAUGAGGAUGAAGAUGAAGAUAUUGUUGCUGUUGCAGGCCCAGAAGAGGAGGAUAUUGCAGCCAUUGCGGGAACAGAAGAGGAAGAUAUUGUUGCUGUUGCGGGACCAGAAGAAAUGGAAAUUCUCGGGGAUAUGAGUCCAGAGGAAGAAAUGACUGCAAUCUCCAAGUCAAAAGGAAAGGAAUCCCCAGCAGCUUCCAGGGGGGAAGCAGAAAAUAAGCUCCCUGCAGCAGGCGGACAGGAGAGGGGCACAGAGAUCCCUGCAGCACAUAAAGGGGAAAUGGAAAAACGUGACAUUUUUCACAAAGCUCCUGAGAGGGAGGCUGCAAAAGAGACUGCCAGCAAACAGCAGCGGGAAGGAGAUCCGCUUGGAUCGGGAGAAAGGGACCCGGAGCCCACGCGGAGGAGAACGGACGCUGCGGAUGCCUCGAGGACGCGGAGCGCUCCGAAAGAUUUGGAUUUCCUGGUUCCAAAGCCUGGCUUUUUCUGUCAGAUCUGUUCUCUGUUCUACGCAGAUGAACUGUCUGUGAAAAACCACUGCAAGACACGGCUUCAUCAGCAGAACAUGGAGAAAUUCAUGGCCAAGCAAAAGGAAGGGGAUAACAGCAGCGAAGAGCGAAGCUUAAGGUGAUCGGAGGAGAGAAGCGUUCUUUCAGUAAUUUAAACUUCGGGUCCAGUCCAUUUUGUGUAUUUUGUUAUGAUUUUAUUUGUAAUUUUGUUCCAGAGGCGAGCGCUCACGUUGCACAAAGCCGAGCUCAGCGUAGGCAGGCUGCAGACAGAGCGCUGGGUGGCUCUGGUUUGUGUAUCCGCCUGGCACACGCGGGCGGGGGGCUCUGCUACCA